AUGGAAAUUGCUAAUCUUCCAUUUUGGGUGUUACUGUGUUAGAUAUAUGAUUAGGUUUCAUUCUAAAGCCUUCCAUAUCUACAGAACAUAUAGUUUAGCUUCUUAGAACACGUAGCAUAAUUGAUUAGAACAUAUAGAACAAUUUACAGAACAUAUAGGUUCACUUAUUAGAACAUAUAAAUUCAAUUGUUAAAAUAUUUAUACCUAUUUAAAAAAGAACUAAUUUUGUUUCAUGUGUUGCAGGGAACCCGAAGAUCACACCAAUCAAGAAACUGAAGUUAAAAUCAAUGAAGAAAGCAUUGAUAAUGGAAACCAAGAACAAGAGCCUGAUCUCACUAAAGGACGGGAAGAGACUGUCAGGGAAACCGAAACUCAAACCAAUGCAGAAACUGAACCUAUCAUCAAUGAAGAAACCAAUGCCAAUGUAAACAAAGAACAAGAGGAAGUGAAUCAGAAGAAUGACAAAAGAAGGAAACAUAUUGCAAAAAGGAAACAAGGGAAUGAAAUUGUUGUUAGAGAUGUCAAGAAGCACAAGUCUGCAGUUGUUGUGCACUCGGGAUCAAAAGACUGUGUAGAAGUGGAUAACAAAUCAAAACCGGUGGAGAAGAAAAAGGCUAGACUUUUGGUCCAAAGAAUACCACCAAAUUGGUUCAUUGCACUUAUUCCUAAAAUUCCGAGACAACACAGAGCUGCCAUUAGGAAAAUAGGCUUUGGUGCCUUCCUUGAUUUAGAUAUUGGUGCCCAUAAGUCUGCGUUUUCUGCUGAACUUGUAACAAGCUUAGACGCCAACAGAGUUAAUUUGGUGAUGGAUAAUAAAGAAGAAAUAGAUAUUCAGUUGAAAGACAUACACCUUGUGUACGGGCUUCCAAUAGGAGGAAGGAAAAUAGUGGAACCGAAGAAGGAAGAAGAUGAAGAAUGGGUUUCAUUUCUGAGAACAUGGAGGGGAUUCUUUAACAUGGAAAGUGGAAGUCCAUACCUGUCAAAAGUAUUAGAUAGGUUGAAUGAGUUAUGUGAAAAAGACUUGUGUGAUGAAUUUUUAUGGCAUUUCGUGGUGUGUGUAGUGAAUACUUGUAUAUGCUCAACAUCAAGACCGGAAGUGGCAUACAAGUUUCUGUAUAGCUGCAUGGACAUACAGAAAAUUCAUGAAUUAGACUGGUGCCAUUACACUUUUGUAAAUAUGAAGAUAGCUGCUGAAAAAUGGAAAGGAGGAAAUGCUUAUUUCACUGGACCAUUGCCUUUCUUACUGAUUACAUAUUUUGACCGGUUGCAAAGGGAGAAGAUUGUGCAACCAAGAGAGUUCCCUCUCCUUUCAGUCUGGAACAGUGAGAGGAUAGAAGAAAGAAUGAAGAUUGAAAACAAGAGGGGCUUUGGAAAGGGGGUUGUGCUCAAAAGAAUAGCUUAUGAAGGAUUACUAGAAGAACAAGUUGAAGAACACAUAUACCAGAAAGAUCCUCACUUGCAAGCAGGCUCAUCAACUUGA